UUUUAUUCCUUUUUUUCCGUUUCUGUUUUUCUACUUUGGUCCAAUUACUAUGGCACCUACCAUAGCAAGUAUUACUCGAAACGAGGACAAUACUGACUCUAAAGUUGCAGUACUUACGGGUGGUAGUCGAGGUAUAGGAUAUAAUGAAGAUAAGGCACUUGUUGCUCGUAGAGUUACUUUUGCUAUUGGUGAUAUUCUCGACGAGCAAGGCCAAGCUGCUCGGUAUAGAAUUACUCAUAAGCAUGAAGCCAAUGUGGGUGGUGUCAUAGAAUGUAAUAGAGUGGAGUUAAUGUAUAUGGCUAAACGAGGCCAGGGCAUAAUCAUAAAUACGGCAUCAGUUGCAGUAUGCCCAUACUGGGUCCAAACGGAUCUGCUGACAAAGACUGUAGAUGCAAAUCCGGCAGUUUCCGAAAUUAUUCAAGCUUUCGAAGAGGCACGCAUUGAUGGUGUUGUCAAAACAUUUCUAUACAAUGUAUUGAUUAGCCGAAACUAUCCGUAUGAUCACUUCUAG